CAGCCUCGCGGGCCUGCAGGGGUAUCUGUGAUUCUCGACCCCUCCAUGUGCUUCCACCACCCGAGGGUGGAGUGUGUUGCGGCGGGAGCGCGGUCCAAAAAACAAAAGAGACAAAUCAAACCCAAGACCCUUUCUACAUUUACGGCCCGCCCUUAUCUACUCUUUUGCGCCUUUGGUAUUUCCACCGAGCAGCACGAACCGCCACGUCCUCGUCCCCAUCACCGUCUUCAGCACAGCACAGUCGAGUCACUACCAAUAUGGCCACAACAUCCAAGCAGCGCCUGGCGCUGGCCAUCUGCGACUUCCUCACGGCCUCGGCCAGUGACGGCACCCUCGCCGCCGACGACCGGGAAUCCAUCGACGUGGCCGUCAACUGUAUCGCCGAGUCGUUCAAGGUCGACCCCACAGACAAGGCCGCCGUCUCGGCUGCUAUCGGCGACCAGAACCUGCUCAAGAUCUACUCGGUCUACGAGAAGCUAAAGGGCGCGUCCAAGCCCGCCGCCGGUGACUCGUCCUCUGCCGCCGCCGCCGCCGGCCCCGUCUCGGAGGAGAAGAAGAAGGAGGCCGAGGGCCUCAAGUCCAAGGGCAACGCUGCCAUGGCGCAGAAGGACUACACGACCGCCGUCGACUACUACUCGCAGGCGCUGUCCCUGAACCCGGACAACGUCAUCUACCUCUCGAACCGCGCGGCCGCCUACAGCGCCGACAAGAGCCACGAGAAGGCGCGGGCCGACGCCGAGGCGGCCGUGGCCAUCGACCCCAAGUACACAAAGGCCUGGAGCCGCCUGGGCCUGGCCCGGUUCGCGCUCGGGGACCCGCAGGGCUCCAUGGAGGCCUACGAGAAGGGCAUCGAGCACGAGGGCAACGGCGGCAGCGACCCCAUGAAGAAGGGCUACGAGACGGCCAAGAGGAAGGUGGAGGAGCUGGGCCUCAACGUCGCCGGCAACGCCGCCCGCGGCGCCACCCCGAGCCUGGCCGACCUUUUGGGCGGCGCUGGCGGUCCCGGCGCCGGCGGUGGUGCCGGCGGCAUGCCCGACUUCGGCUCCAUCAUGAACAACCCCAUGUUCGCGUCCAUGGCGCAGAGCCUCAUGAGCAACCCCGAUAUGAUGAGCAACCUGAUGAGCAACCCGCGCCUGCGCGAGAUGGCGAACCAGUUCGGCAGCGGCGGCGGCAUGCCCGACAUGUCGGCCCUCAUGUCAGAUCCCACCAUCGCAGACAUGGCGCGGUCGAUGAUGGGAGGUGGCGGCGCUGGUGCCGAUGGCGGCGCCGGGGCUGGCCGCGGGGCCGGACAGUAGAGUUGCAUCAAGUCGGCGCCUACAACUAGAUAACAAAUAAUUCUCAGAAAGCCUCUCUUGUGGUAUCUUGAAGGGUCGACGGAGUCACACACCCCGCGAUAUGGUUCCUGCGUUUAAUAAUGCUGCUUGCACUUUUUUAAACUGAUGUCAGCGCUGUUUUAGAUAUGAUUAGUCAAGUGAAUUGAAGGUCUAUGUACUCUGGGGACCCAGCUCGACGCCCCCGAGGGAUGUAUCUCAACUGCAUCACCACGAGCAUCAUGAACCUUGAUUUACUAGACAGCAGGGAGGCAGAUGUAUUCCGUGACGGAUGUGGGCUUUGUAGUCCGGCCUCCAACGCAGUCGAACCGUUGCUGCGUAAUUCCAAUAUUUUGCACUUGUCACGAUCGAG